AGAUUUUGUUGGUUCUCGAAGUCGUGCAGUCAUGGACUCUCUGGUUCUCCUUACCAUCACUAUCUUACUUCCUACAUCAGUGGUGGGCGAGAGUGUGAAGUUCCUGGUAGGUGACACAUGGGGAGUGCGACUGGUAGACCUCGCUGAUCUGUAUCACAAUACUAUAGAAUGGACGAUCGAAGGGGUUUCUGCUGUAGACUACCAUAUCACAAAAAAAAACUGUAUAUAUAUUGUCCGAAAAUAACCUCUACAAGACAACGAUGGAGCAGAAAAAUAGUGCUCCGGAACUGGUGAAGGACCUCUCGUUGUGCGAUGAUUUUGCCGUGGACUGGGUUCACGACAAGAUUUACUGGAUGUACUGCUCACUGUGCUCAAACGCAGCUUUCAUGUCAAUGGAUCUAGAGGGCAGGGAAGUCACAACUGUGAUGCGAAGACCAGGAAAACACGUUUUGGUCAAAAGGAUGGAAAUAGACCCGUACAAAGGGGUAGCUUUUUGGAUUGCGGGCGAGGUUAUAGAGUCGUGUACGCUGUCCGGGAAGUAUUUCCAGCCUAACGUGAGUCCCUCAGGGGUGAGUGUAAGGGCCAUUACUCUAGAUCUCCAGGAGCGCAGGGUGUACUACUUGGGCACCAGGGUGUACGACUUGAAACCUACGGCACUAUUCAGCAUGGACUACAUCGGCGGAGAUCACCGUGAACACGUCUCUUCCUAUUAUAUGCUCAACGCGUACGGUCUGGGUCUCCAUGGAGGGAUGGUGUACUGGGCGACAAGAAUGAAAUUAGGGAAUGUCUUGUACAAGAUUUCAGUCAACCCUUCCAUCUGGAACUUUGCGAAGAAGCUCACUGAUUUUCGUUCGACGGCCAUCAGCGUGAAAUUGGUACAUGAAGACAUUAAAAAAGAACCAGGUGAAGAUCCUUGCAGGAGCAUUUCUUGCUCUCACAUUUGCGUUUCUAAUGCUACGUCAGCUUACUGUUCAUUUCCUGUGGGUAUGCAAGUGAUCUUAGAUGAAAUAACAUCCUCAGAUGGAGUGAUAUCUGGUGGACUAAGUCUAGUGAGUUUAACUUUACUCUUAGUGUUGGUUGUUGGUCUCACUCACAGUGGCCUACUUCAAUAAAAAAUAGGCUACUAUCUUCAGAUCAAGCUGUCCAAGCGUGUCCAACACACGAACCAGAGAUAAUCAACGCCCAGAUUCUAUAACACCGGCCUGUACCAACUAGGAUGAUGUCGGACAAAUUUGAGUAUUAGAUGUAUCAUUUUUGUUACUUGCCCUUUUGAAUUAAACCUUUGAAAAUAAGU